GCUGUUCUCUUUAAAACGGAGCAAGUUUUUUUUUUCGGGAGGGGGGGUCGUACAUGAGGCCGUGAAGCAUCUCCUCCUCCUUCUCCUCCUUGGAGCUCUUUGUGUUUUUUUGUGUUUGAGGAGAUGUCGAGAUGUUCCCGUCUUCUUCAGCGCGAUGAAGGAUCAGCGCUCGCGGGGGGUAAAAUCUGGGAUUAGAAAUCAGAUCACACUUUUAAUGGGAACAUCGUGCUGGGACAACAACAACAACAACGACAACAACAACAAACACCAGGAGCAACAAGACAGACAUCAUGAUCACCACCAAGAGGCUAUCCUCUGCUUGCUGAGGUCAAGUCUGGGAUUUGAUCUGGGAUUUACUUCCUAAUUCACUUUGGGAUUUAAUCUGGGAUUCACUUUGGGGCAUCACGUAGGUCCUUGGUGUUAAAACGGCUUCAGACCUUCUUAUUUGAACAUCAGAGAUGAUCUGAGAUGAUCUGAGGUAAGAUCUACUAAAGCUUGAGAAGGACCAGGGGAUGGCAGUGACCUGCACAGUAGUUUGCGGGCUAUUGCAGACACUGUAACACUGAGACAGAGUAACACUGUAACACUGAAAAACUGAAACAUUGUACCAUUAACAGUGACACAGUGUAACAAACAGUGUAACAGUGUAGCACACAUUGCCGUUUACCACCUGUUUAUGAUCCCUUCUCCAGAAGAGAUAUUUAUUCUACUUUGUUAGAGUUAUUAUAUUUGUGAAGCAGAUUAAUUCAAUUGAGUAGUGAAGGUGCUCUACUGUCAUUGUGUACGUCAGUGCAAACUUCCUCCUUGUCCUCGAUGAUCAUUGUGCAACAUUUAUUUUUCUUGUCUGUUUUUGCCUCAUCUCUUUAGGAGACAGUAAAACUUACAGGGCUAUUUAGUAGCCAGUCAGCCGGUAUCUAAAAAGCGAGUGCGUGGUCAUUUAAAUUUCCUGCAGGAAGUAAACAGACUUGUGUAACUGCCUCAGAAAAAACUUAUGAAGCACAUCAGCGGUGCACUAGAAUAAUAAUUCUCUUAUAACAAGGGAGCAUUGGAAAAAUAGGGUUAAAACUUUAUUUUUUUACCAUUCAAGAAGUAUGGGAUGCUCGUGUCGGACUGUUAUUCGGAACUGUGACAACUGGAAGAAUGAAACUAUUGAACUGAAAGAGUGAAUCUGCUAUCAGCUACUAAUCUGCUGUUAUUAACGCUGCUAGGCUUUCUCACGUUUUGGGGCAACAGUGCAAUGGUCUCCUGCUUGGGGUAAAAGGAAGUUUGAAAUAAAAGUGCUUUGUGAGAUCGCAAAGUGAGAAAGUCCUUCUUCAAAAUGUCACUGCGAGCCAAAGCGCUGUACACAUUCCAAAGCGAGAAUAAGGAAGAGAUCAACAUCCAGGAGAAUGAGGAACUGGUGAUCUUCGACGAGAACUCCGUGGAUGGCUGGCUGCAGGGGGAGAACAGUCGGGGGGAGCGGGGGCUCUUCCCGGCAUCGUAUGUGGAGAUCAUCCGACCACGGUCCAACUCGAACCUCACGGACUGCUCUCUGAGCCCGGCUGGAUCUCCGGGCAACGAUUCCCCCUACUUCCCCCCUGGAAGGAACACGUCCUUUCACAUGCAGCAGAGCUAUGACGACGACGACGACGAUGACUGGGAUGACUGGGAUGACAGCUCAACGGUGGUAGAAGAUGAGGACCCCCGGCGGAGCGUUGGCGCCAACGGUCACCCGCACCAGAGCCCCUACACCAAUCCCAACGUCCACUACCGACCUAAGCCGCACAUGGAGCGGCAGGACAGCAUCUCCAGCUCCCGCAAGGGCAGCAUGGUUGGCCGUAACCUCAACCGCUUCUCCAGCUUUGUCCGCUCGGGGGUGGAGGCCUUUGUGUUGGGUGAUGUGCCCAUGAUGGCUAAGAUAGCAGAGUCGUACACCAUCGAGAUGGGAUCUAGGGGCCCUCAGUGGAAGGAGAACCCAAAGCCUUUCACAUGCUCCAUUGAGGACCCCACCAAGCAGACUAAGUUCAAGGGUAUCAAGACCUACAUCUCCUACCGGGUGACGCCAAGUCAUAUAGGCCGUCCUGUGUACCGCCGCUAUAAGCACUUUGACUGGCUCUACAACAGGCUGCUGCACAAGUUUACCAUCAUCUCCGUGCCCCACUUGCCCGAGAAGCAGGCCACGGGCCGAUUCGAGGAGGACUUCAUCGAGAAGCGCAAGAGGCGGCUAAUACUCUGGAUGAACCACAUGACGAGCCACCCGGUGCUCUCGCAGUAUGAGGGCUUUGAGCACUUUCUCAUGUGCGCUGACGACAAGCAGUGGAAGCUGGGCAAGCGGCGGGCGGAGAAGGACGAGAUGGUGGGUGCCCACUUCAUGCUCACCUUCCAGAUCCCCAAUGAGCACCAGGACCUGCAGGAUGUGGAGGAGCGGGUGGACUCCUUCAAGGCCUUCGUCAAGAAGAUGGACGACAGCGUGAUGCAGCUCACCCACGUGGCCUCGGAGCUGGUGCGCAAGCACUUGGGCGGCUUCCGCAAGGAGUUCCAGAGGCUGGGGAACGCCUUCCAGUCCAUCAGCCAGGCAUUCACCCUGGAUCCCCCAUACAGUUCUGACGCCCUGAACAAUGCCAUCUCCCACACGGGUCGCACCUAUGAGAACAUCGGGGAGAUGUUUGCAGAGCAGCCCAAAUAUGACCUGUUCCACAUGCUAGACAAGCUCUCACUGUACCAGGGUCUGCUGUCCAACUUCCCAGACAUCAUCCACCUGCAGAAAGGUGCUUUUGCCAAGGUGAAGGAGAGCCAGCGGAUGAGCGACGAGGGCAAGAUGGACCAGGACGAGGCGGACGGCAUCCGCAAGCGCUGCCGGACAGUGGGCUUCGCCUUGCAGGCUGAGAUGAACCACUUCCACCGGCGACGUGAGGUGGACUUCAAGGAGAUGAUGCAGGCCUAUCUGAGGCAGCAGAUUGCCUUCUACCAGCGCGUGGGCCAACAGCUGGAGCGCACCCUGCACAUGUACGACAACCUCCAGGGCUGAGGUCAUUGAGGUCCUGCUCCCCUACUUACUUCCUACUGUGCUGCUAACCCCUCCCACUUUCUUCCUAUCCCUGCCCACUUUUCUCUUGUUCCCUCCCAAUUUCUCUUGUCUACUCUUACUUUUUCUUGCCGUAUCACACGCUCCUGCUGUCCCCUCCCGCCAUCCCUUCUCACUCCUCCCUUUCCGCACAAGCCUUGACCUCUGACUACUUCCCUUUCCCUAUUUCCUCUUCUGCGCUUCCUCCUGCUUUUUCCCCCCACAUUAACACUUUCCCUCAAUUCUACCGUCCCUGUCCUCAUCCCCCAGUCCAACAUGGAGCUUUGACCAAAAACAGAACAAGUAGAACCCUCCUCUUUUUUUAAUUUCUCUUUGGAUUUCCAGAGUAAACGGGCACAGACUAGCACUGACAGGCCAUGAGGGUGGUUUCUGGGGUCGAGAGCCCAAUGUGAACUGCGCCGGUGACAGCUUGGCCAGCUGUGGUACCUUUUUGAAUAUUUCCAGUGCAGCAGAGUGGGAAAUAUCUACGCACUCUGGCUGCACUACUCUGUUCACUUCACUUCUCUGGAUGUUCACCAUGAAGACUUGGUUUUCUGCCAUGAAGUUUGGUUACCGUGGAAACCCACAACACAGACAUUUGCUAUUUUAUAAUUUUUUAAAUUGUGACUAAAUUCCUCUUUAUGUUAAAAAAAACAUUUAUUUAUGUCUUGCUGAGCGUAUGGCGUCAAGCUACAAGCAUCAGGAGCGUUCGUAGUGGGGCAAGAGGACCACAUGUGGUUUCUGUUCUGUUGGACUCAGAGCACCGGUUUGUGCGGAAGGAUGGAGGAGGGCGUGGAGGUGGAAGCCACAGUACUGAUCAGAGCCACUCCAUCUAUAUCUCCCACAGUCCUACCGCAGUCCUCCUUGGAUCCCAUAGGGAAGAGAUCCCAACACUUCUACCCCAACUUGCGAACCCUAACCUUAACCCGACUUUCUGCACCGGGGAGGAAACGCAACUCUUUGCUUAUUUUACACCCCCUGCUGUCAGUUUUCUCUGUCGAGAGUGAGAAAAUGAGAAACGCUGGUGAACGAGGCCCGAGAAUGACUUGGAAACGUGUCAGCAAAGUCAUGGACUUGUUGUUAGUAAGUGCCUGAAGGAACCCUAGUGUUUAACUUAGAGUUUUUGUUAGUUUUCAGUCCUUGUGCUUCUGGAUGAGGUUGUGUGUGUGAGUUUUUACUGUUGGCCAGAAAUGUUGAUUUUUGUUGGUUUCCUGCUGCAGAGGCCUUAUUGUUUAAUUUGUUUUUCAAUAUCUUAACAGUGUUCUCUGCUUUACUCUCCACCCCCUGAAGGGACGUCCCGUGGGAUGCCCUUUUGUCUCCGGCUGGGUUACGCCCUGCUGGGAAUGCAUCGAUGACCAAAGCUGAUACACACAAUCUUAUUCCAUGUCGAUUUAACUUGAGCAAAUUUGUUCUACGCCAUAGUCGGUCCUGGAUUCGCAAAGCUGUUAGGGUUAGUGUGGAUAGAGCCUGCUUUGCUUUUCAAGCGUAGUUACUGUAAAAAAAAAAAAACAAACAAAAAAAAAAAAACACAUGGCCUUAUUAAUGAGAAAUAUAUAAAAAACCAGGGAUUUUACAACCUGAACGGCACAAAGCGGUAGGUGAACAUUGUGGGUUCGGUGCUUUUAACAACGAAUUAGCCGUUGAAUGAAUUCUGAAAUAAUUUAUGGUUUCUUAAAAAGUUUUCUUGAAGAAAUGCAAAUUUGGGGAUGUUUACUGUGUGACUAACUGUCUCUGAGCAAAGUUUGUUAAUGUUUAGACCAAGAACUGCUGACUUGAGAACACCGAAAAGCUGUGGAAUGAAUCAAACACGCAAUUUAUAGUGAUGAUAAUGCCACUGAAAAAGCUGUUAUAGUGCUUUUAUGCCGACAUUAUUUCCCUGGAAUAGGUCACAGGUGAAUUUAGGCCAGGGGCACAAGAAUGUGGAUCCUUGUCCUACCCAGAGUUUCAUUUUGUUAACCACGGGUACGGGUUCGAGCCGGACGCGCUGUCAGUUACACCACGUGACUCUGCGGAUGUUUUUUGUUUAAUGUCACAGCCGGAUGGUGACGUCAUACUCUUGAGCUGCAGCGCAGCCGACGGGCGCGGCGGACACGGCGCUGUCAGCGCCACACCAAAGCUUCACCGUUUUGUAUGUUUCGCUGUUGUCUUUUGUUUUUAAAUUUUUCCAAAAAAAAAAAAAACAAACCAAAUCUGUUUUGGCCUUCUACUGUAAAUAAGAACGUGUUGUUUCACAUUCCUCAGACUGAAAUGAUUUCUUUUUUCUUCCCCUUUAUCCAAUUAAAUCGGCCACAACAAACCGGAGUUUUCUGUGACAGUGUUGUGGAUGGUAGCGGAGGGCGGCGGGAUGUUUUUGUUUGCCGACCUUCUCCCGAGGAGCACCACGUAGCCCGAUGAGCAUUUAUUCUUGUCAGCAGAGGAGGGAUGUGAAUAAAGAGAAGGACAACACUUCUUUGUUUAUCAAUUUGGCAUGGGGAGAAGGCAUACAAGCCAUAUGGUCACUUUUCGCAGGACACCAAAAGCUCCUGGGUAUCAAUGUACAACAAUCAAAUGUGAAAUUUAAAUCCUUCUGUGUUUUUUUUGAGAGGCGGCUGUGUUUUAUAAUUCAUGUCAAAGCUUGGUUCAUAUUUCCAAAGCCACUGUUCUUCCUUUAGUUGACAGGACUGUCACGUUUGCCGGGAAGAACAAUACACAGUCAUAUUAUGGACAUAUUUGAAUGACCUGUCAUGUUUUCCAAAGCAAGCGGCGUUGGCAGGGGAUGAAAUGCUUGGCUU